AUGGCACAGAUGCAAGGCUUUGGGAGAAGGUAUAUUAAAGCUUUUUUGAAAGGAUUCUUUGUUGCUGUUCCUGUGACAGUAACUUUUCUCGAUAGAGUGGCUUGCAUAGCAAGAGUGGAAGGUGCUUCAAUGCAGCCUUCUUUGAAUCCUGGAGAUAAACAGGUAUCUGAUGUCGUCCUUUUAAACCACUGGAGUAUUAGAAAUUAUGAAGUACAACGUGGAGACAUAGUUUCACUGGUGUCUCCAAGAAACCCGGAGCAGAAGAUCAUUAAACGAGUGAUUGCUCUUGAAGGAGACAUUAUCAAAACCAUUAGCUACAAAACGAAGUAUGUAAAAGUGCCUGACGGUCACAUAUGGGUCGAAGGUGAUCAUCAUGGGCACAGCUUUGACAGCAAUGCUUUUGGCCCGGUCUCUCUCGGACUCUUGCAUGCUCGUGCAACCCAUAUCCUCUGGCCACCAGAACGCUGGCAGAAAUUGCCACCUAACCUCCCUCCGAAACGCCAGCCUCUUCAGAAGGAGCAAGAAUGACCUAUAAGUAUAGGGUGGGAAAUGAAUGG